AUGUUCGCACGGCUUGUUUGGGGCGGAGUGUGAGAAUAGGUGUCCUGUGAACUGCCUGGACGGUGCCUGCAGCUCUCUGACGGGAGCAUGUGACGUUUGUCCGCCGGGAUAUAAAGGAAGCACUUGUUCUGAUAUAUGUCCUAAGGUGGUAUAUGGAAUCAACUGUUCUCAAGCGUGCUCGGCUCGAUGCGCUGGGUAUGAGUGUCAUUACAUUACUGGAACCUGUGACAGAUGUCCUACGGGGCGUGGAGGACCUGCAUGUGAAGAGUGUCCGCGUGGAACAUUCGGUAACAACUGUAGCGGCAUAUGUCCGGUGAACUGCAAUGGAAGCACGUGUGACCGUAUAUCUGGCACAUGUUACACUUGUAGUCCUAACUAUAAAGGAACCACAUGCUCAG